AUGGCAUUCGUACACCACCAGCCACGACAACAGCGCAGGGAUCGCGCAGACGAUUCACACCACCAAACACACGCACCGCCACACCACCGCCACGAACGUCAGGUCGACCAGGAUUGGAGCAUCGUCUUCCCCGGUAGAGCACGCCAAGCGCCCGCAUCGCCCACCCUAGACUCGGAGCUCACCGACGACUCGAAUCCACUCGCGCUCACCUUGCCACCCUUGCACGAUGGCACUGGCCGAUUCAUCGCUUCGCCCCUCAGCCCCGCUUCCACCGACCUCGCUUCCACCGAUGCGCCAUCCAACUACACCAACGACGACGGCCACCUCUCCGACGCACGCCACUCCGAAGACAUCUUCCCCGACUCCGUCUUCAGCGGCACCGACUCGCAGCUCGAUGCGGAUGAAGAGCUCGGCUUUGGCUCCGGCUCCGACUUUGACUUUGAGAGCGAUGCCGCCGCCUCCUCCUCCCAUCAUCCCGGACGCAGUCCCGUACGAAGAGCAACAGGCGCUCCCAGCACCGCCUCCCGCCGCAAACCCUCUAGGCUCAGCCAUGCCAGCCACGUGAGCGUCGACAGCGACGACGACGACGACGGCACCACGCCUUCGCACAGCCAUCUGCUAGGCAGCAAGGCUUGGUCGCUGCUCGCUCGCUCCAACGCUCUCGAACGAGUCGAGGAAAGUCCCUCGGCAUCCACGCAGCUCUACUCUUCCGCGCACUCGAGCCGUCGUGCCCGUCGCGCGCCUCACGUCACGCACCAUCUGCCCGUCGUCCUGACCAGCGGCUCGGAGCGCGAAGACGCCGAGGCAGCACGCGCCCACGACAAUGCGAACGACGACGCCGAGCUGGCCAUCAGCAACCUCGCGCAGAGCGCCGGCCUCUCGCACGUCGACCACGCCGAUCGGCUGCGUCGGCCCAAGCGCAGGCAUCGACGCUCCGCCGCCGGCCGCUCCAGCAAGCGCAGCAACACCUCCCAGAGCCUGCUCAGCGUCGACUACGACGCGCGUCGCUUUGGCUCACGCGGCGCUGAGCACGCCCGUGGUGAGCACGCCCACGGCGCAGACACGCCCAAGUCGUCCACGCGCGCAUCGCACCUCGCCACCGCACAGCAUGCGUCCAAGACGUCGCGCGUGAUCGGCACCAUCUUGCGCAAGGUGUUUGACCUCGAACCCGAGGUGCUCGAUGCUUUCCUUCACGACGAUGCAGAGCGUCAGCGGUCGGGUGCGCAGCCGCCCUCACGCACUACUGUCCCGCGGGCAGGUUUUGCGUUCGAGUCGCCCGAUGCUGCACCGCUGUGUGCUGAGGGCAUGAUGCUCGACGGACGCAGCGAGCACGAGCGCUGGCACGCCUCGGACGCCGAGACCGAGGUGGGCGAAACCGAGGCUGACGUCGUCGACCCAGCAACAUCGGUGCUGUUUGCCAACGACAAGCGUGUGCGCGGCGAGGAGCCGGACGACGGCUCGGGCUGGCGGUUGACAGAGGCGGCUUUGCUGCAGCGCGGCUCGGCGUCGAUGCGCAGCGCAGGCGCGCCGUCGCUGAUGGAGCCGACGACGAUGGAGGCGUUGUCGGCGUUUGUCAACACCAUGGUGAUGCCUGUGCCCAUGCCGUUGCGGCUGCUGGGUGCGCUCUUUGGCUGGUCGGGCAUUUGGACCUCGUCCCACCCUGCGAAUAAGGUCGACAGGGACGAGGAGGGGGCACGCGCAUCGGGAGAGGCCGAGGAGGAACGCAAGUACCGCUACGAGCGUCUGCUCAGCGCACAGCAGGCCAAGGCGUGGAGCCAGAGGUACCGCGGCAUUCUUUUUGCCAAUGUCGACGACGAACAGCCGAGUCCCGAUGUGCCCGAGCUGUGGAGGGGCGAGGAGCAUCCGGCCAUUGCGGCGCAGCAUGUGUACGACUAG